GGGGGGGGUUGAACGUUAAAGGUGUACAAGCCUCGGGAGGAAGCCGAGUAGUAUGCGCAAAAGGUGCGAUUUGUAGCAGGUACGAUCGCGACAAGUGUGUGUACAUACUACACAUUGUUUCUCGAGUAGGGUGCCUCCAGGGCAUUAAGUGAUUGCGCCAACGUUACAACAAUCGAUGGUUGCGGAAUUUGAGUAUUCUUUGUCGCUGGUAAGACAAGCGUGGUUCGCGCAGCGAAGAAGCAUAUAUUUUUGGGCCAGCUACAUACAACACAAAGCUUUGAUUGACCACAUGAUGAAUCUUGAUGCUACCGCUAUGCCAUUUUACCAUCAAUUAUACCAUGCAUGUAAAGCCUUAGGUAUAAAUGUGUGCGAGUUUGAUACGUUGACGAUCAAAUCGUAGGAACAGCUAAAGAUCGCUUCAAUUGUUCGAGGCAGAGUAAGCAUACAGACAAAGGUCACUUGCACAAAAUAAAUUUGUUUUGGAAUGGAAGCGCGCUUUUGUAAUGCUUUGAGGUUGAUCUA